AUGGACAAUAAUGAUAUUAAUAUUGAAGUUUGUGUAGAUAGUUUAGAAUCAUGUUUAAAUGCAGUUAGAGGAGGUGCAAGUAGAUUGGAACUAUGUUCAGCAUUGUUUCUUGGUGGAUUGACACCUACCUAUGGAAUGAUGAAAGCAGUUAAAGAUCAUCUACCACCAUCGUUUCCCGUCAAUGUAAUGAUCAGACCUCGUGAAGGUGACUUUUGCUACUCUAGAGCAGAGAUUGAUAUAAUGAAACAUGACAUUGAAAUGGUCAAACAAUUGGGUUAUCAUGGUGUUGUUUUUGGUGUUCUCACAGUCUCUGGAACCAUAGAUAUUAAUGUUACAAAGGAAUUGGUUCAAUGUUCAUUACCACUAUCAAUUACAUUUCAUAGAGCUUUUGACAUGUGUAGAGAUUAUAAAGAAGCAUUCAAAGAUUUAAUAUCAAUUGGAAGUAUUGAUCGUUUGUUAACAAGUGGAUUAGAGUCAUCUGUUAUGGAAGGAAUUGAUACAAUCUCUGAAUUGUUGGAAUUGGCAAAUAAUAAUAAUAAUAAUAAUAAUAAUAAUAAUAAUAAUAAUAAUCAAGUUGUAAAUAAUAAUAAUAAUAAUAAUAAUACAUUAAAAUCGCAUUCAAUUAUUAUAAUGCCAGGUGGAGGUGUAACUGAAAGGAAUAUAAACAAGAUUGUCAAGAUUUUGAAACCAAAGGGGUUGAAAGAAAUCCAUUUGUCUGGUCGAGUCAAACAAGAAUCUAGAAUGGAGUAUCGGAAUACCAGAGUAUUCAUGGGUGGAGAAUUACGACAAUCUGAAUAUUCAUUGGCCAUUGUUGACGAUAAAAAGAUUCAAUCAUUCUUGUCAAAUGCUAAUAAAUAA